AUGCUCAUCAACCGACCUAACAACGUUCUCGCUAACCAACGUUACUUUCAAGCCCCUUCUCAAGCUCCUCUCUGGAUCAAGGGAAAGAGAGAUAAAUUAAUCGUCACAAUUGUCUUUGCUGGUCUCGGUGUUGGUGUUAUUGGUUCUCUUACUGGUGCCGUCAAGAUGGUUAUUGGCAAGAAGGAUUAA